AUGGCUUGGUUGGUUGCGUACCCGGCAGUGGCCAUGCUGGCCAUGUUCAUCGUGCUGGUCAUCAUGCUGAUACUCCGGUUCGGUGCACGGUUGUGUCAGCUGCGCCAUCACACCCUGCCGGACGAUCAGGAUUUGCGCGACCAGGCGUACGAUCAGAAGGUCAGCUACGCCUGACCGACGAGACCCCGGCAUCUGAAACGCCAUCAAUGACGCCAAAAUAUUGCUGACGGGAGGGAGGGAUGGUGUGUGGCUUCUCACUUUUUUAUUGUAUUUCCAUUUAUUUUUCACAAUUCCACUAAGCAAUGUUUCAUUCUUUUUAUAACGUGAAUCUCGAUUUUCAUACCGAUCGGUGAAGAAGAAACACAAAUGAUGCUUUUGCCCCCUUGCAGUUCGCUAGAGCUAGACUUUAGAGAUGUGUACUACUAACCAUGUGUAGUGUUAGUUACACAUAGAAGAUUAUUCUUUUUUUUUUAAUUUCCACAAAUGACAGCUAAACGUAAGACUUGUAACUACUCUACUGUGCAACACAUUCCGUCCAGAGAAGGGAAAGCUUCCCAUAGUUUUAAAAAAGCCGUCCGUUACGAGCGCAACAAUGUGUUUUUUUUGUAGAAUGUUCCAACACAACACGAAGUUUUCCGAAACAAUGCAAUGCAGUUAA